CUCCUCCUCUCUAUGGUGCCAGCCCUGCGUCGCCGGGAGUCUGCAGCAGAGCCUACGGAGGUCAGGUCGUGCCCGCCGGGGACCCCUCGCCCAGCGCCGGCCAUGCCCGCCCGGAGCCCUGCGGGGGCAGCCGGGCACCUAGGAGUUCUGCUGGAGGUCAGCGGAUGAAGCUGAAGAUUAAAUAGGAAGGCUUAUUUUAGCAGGGCUAAAGAAAUCUUGCUGUCCUUACAAUACCUUUGAGAAUCUAUUGAAGUUUUAGGAAAAUGGUUAUAUUACUGCAGUACAGAAGGUCCCAAACAAGCUUCAGGAUGCAGCAUGGUCCAGUGGAUAGGGCAUCAGACUGGGAAUAAAAAAACAUGGGUUCUGUUGCCUGACCUGCCGGAGAUCUGUUGUGUUCUUUGACUUAAGAAUCGUUUUGACAGAGUUUAAGCUGUUCAACAAGGGGUGCUCUAAUGGAUGACGGAGAAUUUCCUUCCAAUGAUCUACUGAUAGACUUAAAGGACAGACUUCUUGCUGGUGACAGUGUGGGAAAUGUGGGAACUCGUUUGGCUUCUUCAUCUGAUGAAAAUGAAAAUCAGCUUGAUGGUGAUAGGAGUGAGGUCCUGACCAGCAGUGACAGUGCAAUGGGAAUGCAUGAAAAGGUUGAGCAGGACAAUAUCAAUAAUAAUGAAAAUGUGGACAGUGGAGACUGUACACCAAGCUGCAAAGAAGUUGAGACUGAGAAGAAUUCUGAAAGUUUCCAUAUGGACAUACAUAGAGAGGAAAAGCUUGUUCUAGAAAAAUGGACAGAUGGAAAAAGAAGUCCAACUUGCAAAAAAGACUCCGUUAGAAAAUCUACAGGAGUUCCUUCAAUUGACACCACAGCACUCAAGAAAGAGAAUGCUCUCCUUAAAGCUACAGACUCAGUUCAUGAUGAAGAUGCUGAUGAGACAAAUGUGAACUAUCAGCAAAAGCAACAAAAACAGACUUUGCAGUUCCUUUUUUCCAUGCUUCGAGAAGAAUUUGAGCGUAUGGACUCAAGGAUACUCCCUCUAUGUCUCCAUCAGAUAGCUGAGGCCUAUUUUCAGGAGGAGGAAUAUGAGAAGGCAAUGAAGUUCAUUCAGCUUGAACGACUAUAUCAUGAGCAGCUACUUGCAAAUCUUUCUUCCAUUCAGGAGCAGUGGGAAACAAAGUGGAAAACAGCAGUGCCCAGUACAGAUACAACUCUGAGGAAUUCAGCUAAAGGACUUAACAAUGAAGAGUUAGAAAAUCUUGCUAAGCUUUGUACAUCACAUCAAGAGCCACUUGUAUCCAAACACAAGCUAGUAACUACUGAAAAGUCCUUGGGAGGCAAUCGUUUUGUACAAUUAAUGGGAGCAGAAGAUUUAAAAGAAAGAGGGGCUGCUGCUUGUGAUUCAGAUACUGAAACUUGGCCUGGCAUUGGACCAAGAAAAGAAAACCAGCACAGAGAGAGACAGAUGAGUGAGAGCUCCCUAUGUGAUAGUAAAACUGAUAGGCUUACAGAAGCAGCACGUCUUCAAGUAGCUGCAGGGAAGGACCACAUGGAGGAGCAGCACUGCAGUGCUGAAUCAACACUGGAGCCACACACCCAGUCUAUAGGGACAGUGGGCAGGCCUUGUUCUGACUGUUUAUCAUCUGGGGAUGCUGGUAAAGAUAACAGUUUGCAGCCGAGAGAGAAGCAGUUCUCUAAGGAUGUGGCAAAAAUAGAAGACGUGGCUAAGGAGCCUGGAGUGGAACUCUCUGGUGAGCCAAUGGUAGACACCUUAGUUUUAACGGACGCUGAUUAUAUCCCUCCUGAUUUGAUUUCUAAAGAUGAAAAUGUACAAGCUGAAAGAAAUGUUCUCAGGUCAAAACAACGUGCAGGCUCUACUGAGACUGCCAGAAGCCAGCUAGGAAAUAGUGCAUUAAACCAGCAGCAGCAGAAGCCUGGUUUAGGAGAUGAGGAUGGAAAAUCCCCACAGGACAGAACUGCAUCAAACAUUUGUGAAAACAUGUGUUCUGGAAGUAACAAAGCACCUGAACAUAUCAGUCCUGCACAUCCAAAAGUAUGCAAGGGACUGCAAGAGAUGGCAAGGCAGCAGGAGGAGGAGGUAAAUAAUGACGAACUGGAAGAUUUUUUUGGCAGAUUCUUAAAUGGUAGCAUAAAAGACACUGAAGAAUCCCUUGCAAAUUUAGAAAACCAAGAGGACUCUGAAACUCUCCCAGAUAUUCCACUGGAACAAGCAUCAUACAGCUCAACAGAAGCUUUAUUAUUAGAUGACAGCUUUUCUUCGCUCGAUGAACUUGCAAAAAGGAUAGAGAUUGCAGAGGUUGCCCCAGCAGAGGGACUGGUGUCCAUCCUAAAGAAGAGAGAUGACAGUGAAGGAAAGACGCUUGCUCAAAUCCAGCAGAGAAAUCCAAAGAGAAGAGUGAGAUUCCAAGAAAUGGAAGACACCUUGGAUCAAGAUGAAGUUGGUGGCGGCUCCUGUAUUUUGCUGAUCCUGUUGUGCAUAGCAACUGUUUUCCUUAGUGUUGGAGGAACUGCCCUGUACUGCACCUUUGGUGACAUGGAAUCCCCUGUAUGUACUGACUUUGCAGCCAACAUGGACUUUUACUAUACCCAGAUAUUGCAGGGUGUGGAGGAACUUAAACACUGGGUAGCCUUCACAUAGUUGAAAUGAGCAGGGACAACACACUGAUAGCUUACCAAUGAUUACCAGAGAGGUUAAAAAAAAAAUGGUGAUUUCAAGUUUUCUGUAAUAUGUGCCACCUUCAGGUGAGGUACAGCUGAUGGCAUAAACCUAACCUUUAAAUACCAGUUGAGAAGAACUGUCUACUCUAGUAAUCAGGUGGGGAGAAAUCAAGUUUGGAGCGGGAGAAUAAUAAGCAAAAUGUCAUUGCCUUCACCUUCUGAAACCAAGCGAACAGCCAUUCAACAUCUUGGGAAGUGAAGAAUAUAGAAAACUGAUUAGCCUCUACACAGUCUCCCAUUGCCACACAUUCUAAGCAAUCUUUGCAAUCUUAAUGAAAGGACAAUUUUGAUUUACAGCUGUUUGCACAAAAGGGUUGCCUCCAGCUAUCAUGCAAUAAGUCUGUGUUUUAUGAAAAUGUUUCCUUAUUUUUUUUAAGUCUUAAUGUAUCUUUUCAUUUUAAAUGUCCUGGUGAGCUGUUUAAUUAUGGGUGGAGUGAGGAGAAUGCAUUGGCAUUUGCAGUGCCCUCAUACUAAGUUAGUUAAAUGGAUUGGCCUUAUGUCUUUGUGUGUGACAGUUGUCAUGAGUGGGUUAAAUCUGAAGGCAGAUUUGCCAAAUUCUCUGGAAUUUUAUUCCCAAAAUUGGGUGGACAGUGUUGGAAAUUUGUGGGAUAUUUUAAAAAGAAAAUUCACUCCCAGCACACAAUACUAAGUGUAGGAAUUUUUUCUUACUAAUAAUAGUAAAGCCGCUUGGGCCAAUGAAAGGGAAUGGGACUAGGAGUCAGGAUACUUGGGUUCUCUUUCUAGCUUUACUACUUGCUUGCAGUGACUUCUCUGCCUCAGUUUCCCCCUCUGUAAAAUGGAGAUAAUUAUCUUUGUCCUCCUCUGUAAAAUGCUUUAAAAUCUACAGAUCGAGAAUGGUAUAGAACUGUCUGGUAUUAUUAUUUAUAAGUGCAAAAUGUCCUGAGGUUUUGUUCAACCUGGCAUAUAGCCAAGUCCAGCUGGAAAGUUCAGAGCCAAACUUUUCCAAAUUUCCACCUCUGAGCUUUACUGAGUCAUUUUGAAUAAAAUUGACUCUAUUACACCAAGUCUUGUUCUCAGGGGAAAAUCCUCUCCAUCUCUGUGACAUUUUAUAUCACCCUGAGAUCUUUCAACUCCCUCAUAUAUUCCUAUCACUCUUUUUUCAUGGAGAUCUACUCCCCCUAGAUUUUUCUCUUCUUUUCUUGUCCAGAUCCCAUGUUGAGGGG